CAGGUUUAAUACCAAAGAUAUAUAAUCAAUAAACGCAUCACAUCAUGGAGUUGUUUUUGAUUUGAUUGAUCACCCGUUACCUGAUGACGUAAUUCCGUUUACGCCAAUGUGAGAGGAGGAAAACAAUCAGUUGAUCAGCCAAUCUGCUGCUCGUCUUCCACUCUGCGGUUUUUCUUCCUGCAUCCCUCCAUCUUCUUUCCUCCUCCGCUCCGCAGUGGAGAUGCUGCCGCCCGCUCUGCUCGGUGUGCGGUCCGGUGGGUCCCGGUAGGUUCCGGUCGGUCAGUGGAUCGGUGCGCGUCUCCGUCAUGGUGCAGAAGUCCCGGAACGGCGGUGUGUUUCCCGGAGCGCAGACCGACCAGAAGAAGCUGAAGGUCGGCUUCGUCGGUCUGGAGGCCGGAGGAACGGAAAGCAGCAGAGACGGAGCUCUGCUGAUAGCAGGUGGGGACGAAGGUCCUCGGCGGCAACGCAGCAGCGUCUCUGGAGGAAAGAAACCUCCUAAAAGAAACGCUCUCUACAGACGGCUGCAGAACUUCCUCUAUAAUGUCCUGGAGAGACCGCGAGGAUGGGCCUUCAUCUAUCAUGCCUACGUGUUCCUGCUGGUCUUCUCCUGCUUGGUUCUGUCUGUGUUCUCCACCAUCAGAGAGUACGAGAAGAGCUCAGAGGACGCCCUCUACAUCCUGGAAGUGGUGACCAUCGUGGUGUUCGGGGUGGAGUACAUGGUCAGGAUAUGGGCCGCAGGUUGCUGCUGUCGGUACCGAGGAUGGAGAGGACGACUCAAAUUUGCCAGAAAACCGUUCUGCGUCAUAGACAUCAUGGUGCUGAUAGCAUCCAUCUCCGUCCUGGCAGCGGGGACCCAAGGAAAUGUCUUUGCCACAUCUGCUAUCCGGUCACUCCGGUUUCUGCAGAUUCUCCGUAUGAUUCGAAUGGACCGACGCGGAGGAACCUGGAAGCUGCUGGGAUCUGUGGUUUAUGCCCACAGCAAGGAGCUGAUCACAGCCUGGUACAUUGGGUUCCUCUGUCUCAUCUUGGCCAGUUUCCUGGUUUAUUUGGCAGAAAAAGAAGACAACGAGCAGUUUGAGACAUAUGCUGAUGCCCUCUGGUGGGGACUGAUCACCCUGACGACAAUCGGAUAUGGAGACAAAUUUCCCGUCACCUGGAAUGGACGCCUGCUGGCUGCAACGUUCACCCUCAUAGGAGUUUCCUUCUUUGCUCUGCCAGCUGGAAUCCUUGGCUCUGGAUUUGCUCUGAAGGUUCAAGAGCAACACAGACAGAAACAUUUUGAGAAGAGACGAAACCCAGCAGCUGGACUCAUACAGGCGGCCUGGAGGGUUUACGCCACAAAUCUGACUCGAACCGACCUGACCUCAACCUGGGAUUACUACGAAAGGACGGUGUCUGUCCCCAUGUACAGGUUGAUUCCUCCUCUAAAUCAGCUGGACCUGCUGAGGAACCUCAAGAACAAAUCAGGACUUUCCUUUAGGAAAGAUGUCCAGCCUGAACCGUCUCCGAGUCAGAAGGUCAGUCUGAAGGAGAGGGUCUUCUCAUCUCCGCGGAGUUCAGGAACCAAAGGGAAAAGUUCUCCACAGCAUGUGGUUCCUCCUGUUGGUGUCACCACUGGAGUUGGUGUUGGUCCCGGCGUUCCAGGUACUCCAGGAGGAGCCCAGGCUUUGCGGAGAUCUCCCAGCAUGGAACCCAAUCUAGAAGAGAGUCCCAGCAAAGUUCCAAAAAGCUGGAGUUUUGGAGAACGCAGCAGGACCAGGCAGGCGUUCAGAAUCCGAGGAGCAGCAUCGCGGCAAAACUCUGAAGUGCUGAUAGAGAUGCAGGAUGAAGAGUUCAGACAGAAGAACUCCCCAGAGGCCAGCUUACCAGGGGAAGACAUGGUUGAUGACAACAAGAGCUGUCACUGUGAGUUUGUCCCCCAGGAUCUGACACCGGGGUUAAAGGUCACCAUCAGAGCCAUCUGCAUCAUGCGCUUCAUGGUGUCCAAGAGGAAGUUUAAGGAGAGUCUUCGUCCGUAUGAUGUCAUGGAUGUGAUUGAACAGUAUUCAGCUGGUCACCUGGACAUGCUUGCUCGCAUUAAGAACCUGCAGGCCAGAGUGGAUCAGAUUGUUGGUAGAGGCACACCGAUUGCAGACAAAGACCGUCCUAAAGCAGCAGGUGAGGAGAUACCUGAGGACCCGAGCAUGAUGGGACGUCUAGGGAAGGUUGAGAAACAGGUCCUGUCCAUGGAGCGGAAGCUGGACUUUCUGGUAAACAUCUACAUCCAGCGAAUGGGAAUCCCUCAGGCUGAGACGGACGCCUACUUUGGAUCUAAGGAACCAGACCCGGCGCCGCCCUAUCACAGUCCAGUGGAUCAUCUGGAGAAGAGCCAGUCCAUCUCCAAGAUCCUGCAAGUGUUGCCUGGCGACCACCUGGACAGGACUCGGUUUGUGACCAAGAUGGUCCGCUCCAGCAGCUCAACUGGACACAGGAACUACACUUCCCCCAUUUGCCCCCCCUCCACCUCCUGGCAGCCUAUCAGCUCCCAGUUCCACCAGCAGGCCCCUCCCCCACAGCGCAGCCAUGGUAACACCCCCAGCCCAGUAGGGGAUGCGUCACUGGUCCGACUGCCUCCUCCUCCUGCUGGUGAGAGACACGGGGGUAACCGCUCAAACCGACACAGCACCGGAGACCGAGGAGGUUCUGAGAGAGCAGAGAAGGGCGGAGACAGCAACGGGACCGGAGCCGGAGACGAGGUGAAGCCCGACAGCGACACCUCCAUCUCCAUCCCUUCAGUGGACCACGAGGAGCUGCAGCACUCCUUUAGCGGCUUUUCCAUCUCCCAGUCCAGAGAGAACCUGGACUUCCUGAACAACGGAUUCUACACAUCAGCCAGUCUGGUGGAGCAGCAGGGAGGUCCCGGCUCUGCCCGUUGCACCACUGUCCGACCUUACAUCGCAGAGGGCGAGUCUGACUCAGAAUCUGAGCUCUGCGCUCCCUCACCGCACUCGGAUCAUGCUUGGACCAGUACCAAGUAGAACCAGGAUUACCCAGAACUGAAUCAGAACUUCUCCACAUGUGAGGAACUCUGAAACCUCUUCAGACUUGAAUCACCAGCUGGAGGUUGGAGCGAAGCAUUGUGGGAGCUGAUGAUCAGCACGUUGUACAUUUGUUCUGUCACUGACUCGCUUACACCUGAUUGGUUCACCGCUCACUAACUUAUCACACUCGUGUUUUAACACGUCAGCAUGAUGGUGACAAGAGCGUUUAACCAGCAGGAACUCCGUUCUGGGAUGAGUCAGAUCUCCAAAAUGGAGUCGACACCAGCCAAUGAGGGAGAGGCUUCCAGUACAAACACCCUGACCAGUUCAAUCCAGAUGUUUUUUGUCCAGUUUACAGAAUUGUAUUGUUUUGUGUUUAAACCCAGAAUGAGUCGGGUUUCUGCAGCAAAAACAGCUGAUUAACCACAACAACUUUAUUUAAACUGUCACAGAAUAAAGAGAACGAGACAACACGGAAAA